CUUUCGCCGAAGAGCAGCCAUGUUGGAUUGAAAUAGUUUUCAUCCCCUCUAAUCUGUGUGCCUGAAACAUCAUCAAGAACCAAGAAGAUAAGAAGAAGACCUAAGACUAUCUAAGAAUACGCUGUUGCUAUUUGGUUUGUGUUUGUGAACUUUUUUCAAAGUCAUAGUCCAAAGCAAAAGAAGACCUUCGUGAGAAGCUUGACUUGUCGCUAGCGUAAGAACGCUUACGCCACUAUGCAGAAGGGGAAAACUGCAACUUCCCCGCCUGCCAUGGUUAUUCCUAGAGGACCAUCACAACAGUAUCCUUGUCAUUUUAUCCGUACGGUGAAUGUGAUGUUUGUGAACACUCAUCGAGAGUAAUCCAGAUUUGAUCUCUGUUCCUCGUAGUGUAAGCCUUUGUUAUGUCGUGUCAAAUUUUCCAAACCAAGUUUUUGUUGUUAUCCUUCAUUCCUUGAUCACAGAAAUGCCCGAGGCCCGCCUUCGUCACAGCAAAGUAGGUCUUGAUUCUUUGAAAUUUCCAAGUGUAAUCUGUAGAUCGUUGAAAGGGAUAAUCAGGACUGGGUGAAAUUGCUGACGUUUGUACGAAAGAGGAAGGAUUUCCGUUAAUUUCAACGCAAUUGAUAUUUUUAUUCAUUUCUUUAGGAACUGAGGAUUUCAAUCAAAGACCACCACAGACUUUCCCGGUAUAUAAUUUUUAUAUUUUGUGAUUCAUGCCAUAUUUUCGUCGACGAUCCCACCGAUGCUGGUGUUUUGUUGUCUCAUGGAAUUUUGUGACUUUCUUGUAGCACAACAGUUCUUCCCUAGCGGUCAUGAAUGAAUUUCUGUGUACAGGUGUUUUGUUUCGUUUCUAAGGGACUGUGUACUUUGUUAAAAAGUGCUUAGUCACCUAAGAUCUAAGCUUUUAUAGUGGUUGGUCAUAGUACUGUCCUGUUUGGUUAUUAUUUUAGGAAAGAAUCUUUUGUAUUUUACUUCCGUCAAGAGGUACGAAUUUUGAAUCGAAAGAUCAUUGGCAAUAUUUGUACAUAAUUUACAGAAGGAGGGGAAAUUUCCCCAGUCGGGGAUUUCAAAGAAGUGAAUAUAUUUGUAAUCCUUGAGUUUUGUUAUUUCUUGUGUACUCUUUUCAAUUUGUUGAAAUAUUUUAUAAUCGAAAUGGUUCGCUCUUGCGGCGUUGAUAGACUGAAAUUUCUACGGGUCCUAGACAUUCUUAAUUUUCGAGCAAACAUUGUUAUCACUUCUGUUCGAUUGUGUGUGACAAACACAGUCCCUUUUUCCCGUUUUAAAACUGUUUUUGUGUGUCAUUCGGUAAUCUUCGGUUUUCGUUCACGUGUUAUUUGAUUAAGCUAGGAUUUUGUCGAUCAGUAGCCUGGCUGGUUCGAGACGGGGGUGGGGCGAGAAACCGGUGGCAGAAUAGAUUAAAUAUAAGUAGAAUUUCUGUUCAGGAAGGGAAGAACUUGCCGGAAACUGAAACUUCAACACAUUUUGAAAUCCCCAUCAUGGACAUUCCUUUAAAAAUAGUUUGAUUUUAAAAUGUUGCGUUAUUUUAAUCUGGUACUGCUUGUUGUACAGAAAUUGUGAAAGGACUAAACAAAGCCGAAAAUAAUUUAGCAUAUAACCUCAAACAAAAGGUAACCUGAAGUGGAUUACUCAACAUAAUUUCAAAGUUGGUAGCAUUUUGUUGUACAAUGUUUAUAAGACGGGGAAAUAAUAUUAAGUGUCUCUCUUUGAGUUCUAUCCACCACAACUUUGAACCUGGUCUGAAAGACUUAAACUUUUGCUAAAUGUUUGUGUUUUCACCACAAAUUGCCUGCUUUAAUUAUUAUUUCAGAUAAAAUAUGUUGGCCAGUAAAUGUUUUUCCUUUGUCUCUAAACUCUUAUGCAGAAGGCAAUUUUUUUUUGGUUUGGAAAUGAGUGUGAAUGCUUAAGUUUGAAAGGUUUCCUUUUUAGUUUUGAAAAAGCUUAGUGACAAGUAUUAUUGUACACAACACAUCAUUCUUAUUUUUAGAUAACCUACUUCCUGUACUCAAUAACUUGAAACAUAGAGUCUGGAUUGUUGGGUCUUCUCUUUGCUGAAUUUCAAUUUCAGUUGUGAAUGUGACAAAACUGUCAUUUGCCCAUUCUUGACCUAUUUUUUCGAACAAAGCAAAUUGCAACUAUUGUGCUAUUAAUUAAAAGUGGUAUUUCUUCUAAACCAGUAACUUUGGUUAGACCUGGGUGAUUUCAUGGCUGGCAUCUUCAGUUUAAAAAUAUUUCUUUGCUUGUGAAUUGUUGGUUCCUCCAUGUUACUUUCUCUUAUGGCUCCUGUCUUGCUUUUUUUUAUAUCAACUAUGUUUGUUCUGCUUAUUGCUAGAGCAAUCAGUGCCUGUCCAUAGUAGCCUUUUUCUUUAAUGAGCUUAGACUUGUGAAACUUCUGUUUGUACAGGCAGGUGACAAAGAUUGUCAGCUUCACAGCUUUUCACAAGGCAAGCCAAGACUUGCAUGUACUAGGCUGGAAAACUUAUUUUAACUAACUUGAAAUUUUCCAUGUGGUAUUUUAGACAUGGUUAUUUGCAAGAUUUGUCAAUCUUGAUGGAUCUAAAUCUAGCACAUGACAUCAGCAUUUUCUUGCCUUGAGGGUUAAUCAAAUUUUUAAGUGUAAUAGAUCCCAGGUUAAUUUUAGAAGUCAGUUUGAAUUUAGACCAAAAGAAACUCUACAAUUGGGCAUUCUAUUUGUCUCAUAGUUCGUUUGUGGCAGUUUGUAUUGAAUAUGAAUAAAGAGCCUGUCUCUACAGAGAUGCCAUUCUUUAAAAGGUUUCUUUCCAAAAUAGGGAAGGUGAUAAAUGUCCCUUUUAGUUCUUGAUUUUCAUGAUUACUUGGACUCUGAUAAAGAUUUCAUUUUUUUUGUGUGAGCAGUGUGAUAGAAACAGUAAGUUACUGAACUGCUGGGAAACAGCUUUGUGUUGUAGUUCAAUUUUCUUUUUGGCUAAGUUUUUGACCCUCUCAUUGUCAAAUUCAUUAUCAUACUCUACCAUAUGAUCCACAAAAUUAAUGUGAAGUCAUUUUUUAAACAACUACUGUUUGUGACCCAAAAUGGAUGAAAAAAUGUCUGUCUAUUUUUGUUCCGGCAAGUUUAGGAAGGGCCACCUUGAACAGAUCUUUAAUUAUGACAUUGCAUCCAUGGAAAUGAUCAACAAGGAACAAAAUUUAUUGCAAGUCAAGUCAGAGUUCAGAGUGAAGGGAAUCUCUUGUCAUUUGAAUUUUUCUCUGUGCACAUGUUAAAAAAAACAGAUGAAAAUUCAAUGCUUUUUUUCCAUAUCAGUUGUGAAAUUUUAUAUUGUAUUACCAAGGUUAGGGCUUGAAAUUAGUUUUUUUUUUCUGAUAGUUACUUGGCUCCUAAAUUCUUCAAAGUGGUAGCCAAUAGAAAAAAAGUUGGUUGCUAUUUUCAAAGACAAACAAAACCUUUUUUUUUAUGCUGUCAAUGUUCUAGAUGGACCCUCCAAAAUUAAGUUAGGAUAAAGAUCUCUAAUGUGCUACAAAGUGAACACUAGGAUGGAUGAUAUACAAUGUUCAAACUCACCUAAAUCCAAGAUGGUGUCUAGUUAUCAAUUGAGAUGCAUGUGCUGUGUUUUGGAAACAAACUUAAUGAGGAAGUUCGCUGCGGAUUUAUCUUUGCAAAUCUUUUUAAUUCACUAUAUCUCUAGGUAAGGUUAUGAUGAAACAUUCUAGUCACCAAUUUGGUGACUAAUUUUCAGGAUUUGGUUGCAAAAGUGGAAAAUUUAGUCGCAUUGGCCCCUGUAUUAGUGCAAUUUCACACCUUGAAGGGGUACUUCUUUGAUUUUACAAAAUUAAAUCCUUAGAACUUGUCAAUUAAGAUAUUUAUAAACCCCAGAUAUAUCAGGGAUUCUUGAGAAGCUAUGUGUUGGUCCCCUCUGCUGUUAUGGGCAGGUCUUCACCACACUUUAUUUAAUUUAAUUUGUCAUUUUUUUUUCUCAAACAUAGAUGGGAGGGCAAAUGCAGCCAAAUGUUGUCAUGGGACCACUACCCAACCAACUGCAAGGACCGCCGGGCCAGCAGUCUCGCAUGCCAAAUCAACCAUUCUUUCCCCAUCAGAGGCCUAUGAGAAUGCCAAGACAUCAGACCCCAAAUAAUCCCCCUCUGUACCCCUCACCCCCUUCAGGGCAAUUUGUACAAUUUGUUAAUCCACAAGGAGCUCCUCAAGCCUUCAUACCACCAGGACAAGGUCAUCCGCAAUAUCAUGUAAGUGUGAACUGCUUUGAUUUUAUGUUUUGGCAUCCAUUGGCAUUGUUCAGGAUGAAAUUGGACUAGUACAGUGUAUUUGUAAUAGAGAGUGGCUUGGGCUGGUUUCUGUGUGUGGGGAAAACUCAAGAUGAUUAGCAAUUUUUACCAUUUCCCAACCCUCCCAGAUUUUGCCAAUAUUGGGAGAUUGGCUGAUGUUUGUCGUUAUAGGUUGCUGACACUGUUAUGUUUGUGUUCUGGUGCUAAGCAAUAAAAGGAUUGGUAGGAAGCUAAAAUUAUCAUUUAUGUCCCUAGCAUUGAAAAGAGGUGUUUUUAUAUUUCUUCAAUGAUCCCAGAUCAUUGCAUAGAUUGUGGACUUGUCACGAAAAUAGUAACACUCCCAAUUUUACUGAUUUUUGGCUGACCAUCCUAGGCAAGUGGGUGUGUCUGCUAUUUUGAAUUUUCACACCUUGCAAAAAUCUGCAACCAUUGGGAAACAGUGAAGUUCCUGACCAUUUGGUUUUUUAUUGACAUAUGGAAACCAGCCUUUAGAGUUGAGAGAAUGCCUGUCACAAGCCCUACCAUUUCAUGGUUGGGAGUGUUUCUGUGGUACUCUGUAGUUACCAUGGCCUCAAAAUACAGAACCAAAAAUUUUCUAAAUGUGUAGUUCCAGAAAAUAUCCAUACCCUCACCAUGAAGGGAAUUGGAAAUUCCAGAGGGGUAGGGGGGUCAAAGUCCCAGGAAAUUCCAGAGGGGAUGGGGGGUAAGAGGCGAAAUUUUCGUCUAGAGGGUAGGAAGUCGAUCGACUUUCUUUGUAUGUCAAUUGGUGCCACUUACCUACUUUAGUGGGACGUUCUGAAGUUUAAGUUGUUAAAUUACGAUGCUUCUAACAGUUCUGCAGCCAAAGAAAGUUUUCUUUUUUCAUAAAUAACAUCAAAUAAAGAAGAGAAUCACUUUGUUUUUCGAACGGAGCUGCCAUUACUCGUUACCAGUCUCCAAAGAUUACAACCAACAGGAGUGGUUACCUAGGGAUUUUCCUCGGUCAUAACACGUUUCGCAUUCGUAAAAGUUACAAAUAACUGUCUGAUGCUGUUUUUUCAAAAUUUAAGUUAAAUCUCACAGACCGAUCCUGCAGUCUCGUUUUUUGAGCGGUUCAAAAGACUCAAAACGUCUCACAGUCUGGAAUUGUUUGCAAAGCCAUUUUGGGGUCUUAACAUUGGUCUCGCAAUUAAAACACUCAAAAAGUUUCGGUCUUGCAAAAAAAAAAAAAAAAAAAAAAAAAAAAAAAAAAAAAAAAAAAAAAAAAAACGCUGGUCCCACUGUCUUGCAAAGUUUCGCAUAAAUUAACCAUUUGCUACCCCUUAAUGACUCCAGCCAUCUCUUAAUUUUGAUCUGCACUGAGCUUAUUUCUGUUGCAUCAUAAUGUGUAGGAGAUUUGACGAUUUCUUUAUGGCUUACUUGCUUGCGAUGUUACAAUGAAUGAUAAGUACAGGCGUACCGUAGUUGAAAACAGUUGAUAGUAACAUUGAGAAACACUAGGAUCCAGGGCUUUGUAUAUAUGCGCGUGGGACUGGUAACUAGCCAAGGUUUGUUUAUGCACAAUCGGACGAAAUUAUCGACCUGCUGUUAACAAGAAUCAAUGCUUGUGUGAAGAAAUUUUACAUUAGAGGCUGGAAUUUGGAAAGAUGAGUUCCAAAUAACUUACUGCUGACUCGGUUUUCUCUUUUGCUCUCUUAUUUAUGACACAAUUUUGUACAAAUUUACAUUGCUUAAUGUGAUUUCGAACGUUUCCAUUUCAAGUGCAUGCAAUUUUUUCAGUACAUUGUACAAACUUAACAGUUCAAAAGUGUUUUGUUGCGACUUGUAUGGUUUUUUUCUCCUUUCGUGUACUGAAAAUACUGUGUUAAAUGGUUAAGGAUAAGUAUUGUAUUUAAAAAUAAAGCAAACGUUAAGUUUAAGCUAGUUAGCGACGUUUACCUUGUGUGUGUACGCCAUCUCUCGACAAAAUCACACGUCCCUCUUGUUUGUUGUUUGCUAUGAAAAAAAAUAUAUUUCCAGGGGGUAUAGGGGGUGGUAGAAAAUUCUUUGGAAAUUCCAGAGGGGUGGGGGGGCUACCACUGCUACCCCAAAAUGGAAAAUCCAAAGAGGUGGGGGGUCCUAUAUGAAAUUCCCUCCGUGGUGGGGGUAUGGAUAUUUUCUAGAACUACACAAUUGAUUUUUUAAAUUAUUUUUUUCAAUCAAUUUUUAAAAUUAUUUUACUAAUUAAAACUAAACACCUGUAUUUAUUAGCCAUAGUUAGCAGCUAUAUGGGGGCCAGUGACCCUAGAAGCUUGGCUGGACAUACAAACAGGAACAGGCAAAGUUGUAAAAAAUUUGAAAUUUUUUUUGUGGGCAAGGGGAGAAAAAUAUUUGGGAUGCACAGUUUUUAGCUUCAUUUGCCUUAGCAUAUUAUACUGGUAGUUUUCACUGUCAUUUAAUUCAAAUCUAAAAUUAAAACUAUUGAAUGCCUGAUGCCAAAAGAUCCAGCCAUUUUAGAAUAUUGAUAACUGAACAAUUUGCUGAAGUUUCAGACCUCUAGGGUUUUCCAUUGAUGUGUUGAUAGCCAAAAUGCCUUACAUAAAUGUAUAGAGCUCAGUAUGAGAUGCAGUGUUGGUACUCAUUCAGGGGGUACCAACAUGGCAGCCAUGAAGUAACACAAACAUCUGUUGUCUUUUUUUCACAAUUUAAGUGAUUGGUUAUCCACUGUGAACUUGUAAACAUUCAUUUGGCCUUCUGCUUUUGCUAUUUACUGUGUAUAGUUAUACAAGUUAUGGCUUGAAUUCUGCUUGUAGAGUAUUUAUACACUACUGUCUUUUUAUGCGCAGGUUGAUUAUGGGCAAAUUCCUGGUCCACCUCAGAUGCAGUACAGACAUCAGCAACCCAUGCCAGGGCCAUUUCCUUCUGUAUCAGGUCCUUCCCAGGGUCCUGGCCAUUUUGUUUUUACUCCUCAACAAACAGGUUAUCCAGUGGGACAGCCAAGUCAUAUGUAUAUUCUUAGGGCUACUCCACCUCCCAUGAAUACAUUACCGCAGUACAGUCCUAAUCAAAAUUUUGAGCCACGCGCACGGGAGAGGAAAAUAAUUCAAAUAAAAGAUCCAAAUAGUAACAAAGAUGUGACACAGGAAAUUCUUAAUCGUCAACCAUCAGGAAGUGUAUCAGGAAGUGCAUCAGGAAGUACUGGGGGUACACCAACUAACACCCCAGAUAUAUCAGGACAGUCCAGUAGUUCAAGUACACCUCCACUAACGUCACAGCAACAAGAUGUGCGAGCACAGUUUGCAGCGCAGGUAGCUGCAACUUUAUCUAGUGACACAGAUAAAAACAAAAAACCUGGAGACAUAAUUAUACAGAAGCCAUCAGUAAAUAAUAAGUUGACUGUAGAUGCUCCCAAAUUAAAGGAUGUAGCUGAUACAUCAAAAGAUGAUUUGUCAAAGCAAACAGAAAUUAGUGCAAACACAACUGCUUCCACAGAAGCAAAAUUGGCUGAACAGCCAGUUGAAAAGAACUUAGGUACACAAUUAAAAGAGGAGUCCAAAUCAAGACAACCCAAAGAAGCUGUUCAGGGCUCUAAACUUGGGGAAGGAAUUUCAGUAGACACUCCAUUAGUCAGUUCAGUUGAUGCAAUAACAUCCACAAAAGGGAUAAUCUCUAAUGUUAGAGUAGAAAUUUAUACACCACAGGAUUUGGGCAACAAAGAAAUUCAACAGAACAAUGCAUCAGCCACUGAAGUUGUUAAACCUGUGGUUGAACCUGUGGAGGUAAUUGUGAAAAAGCCAGAAGUGGCUUCAGAAGAAGAAGAAAAAUCUUUGAAUGGACCAGUUGUACACUCUAGUGAGGAAGUAGAAGAAACAGAAGAGGUGAUCACUGUGGACACAAAUGUUGAGAUUGAAGCUCCACCAAUGGAGAAUGUUUUAGAACCUGCUGUGGACAGCAAGGCUGCUGAACAGGACACUCAGCAAGCUCCCAAAGUUGAGCCAACCCUGGAGGAAUCUGCAGAAGAAGAAAUUAUGCCAAUAGCUCAGGAAUCAGAUGGUGGGGAAGUUGAGGAGAGGGUGAAUGGGCAUGAGGCUGACGCCAAAAUGGCAAUUGUUACAAAGAACUCUACUGAUGUUCAAGGAGCAGGUUUGUAAUUCCACUCUAUACUCUUAUCCCAUAAAAGUAGAUUGUGUUGGUGGCAGCAUUUAUAGUACAGCUCAGAGGUAUUUGGCCCUAAGGGCAUGUGAAAACUGUGAUAAAAACUUAAAAAAAUGCACAAGAAAGAAGCUCAUUAGUAUGUAUGAAGCACUCUUUUGUCUUACCCUUUGUUUAACUUUAACUGGUGUGUUAGAUUUAUAGCAAAGGAGGGGUUCCAAUGUUGGUGACAUUACAUGGUUUUUUACUAAAUUGUUUGGCGUCAGUUAAUUUUUGAAAUGGCUUGUCUACAUUGGGAAGAAAAAAGAAAAAGUUUUUGACUUGCUGGGUACCUUUUUAGAAAGCAAACAAGAUCUGGAAAUUUCAAGUUCAUUAAAGUGAUUGUUGUUAAAGUUUACAGCUAGCAGCUAGCAGCAAAACUUGAAUUGAGAAAGAUGUUUUUUCAUCUUGUCAUGAGUGUGGAUCAAAGAAAAAAUUCUGAGUCCCCAUGAGGAAUGGAACCUCAGACCUUCGGAUUCUGCACUCUGAUGCUCUACCACUGAGCCAUGGAGACUCCACAAUGAGCAAUGUCUAUUAAGAAGUUCAUAUGACACAUGUCCUGCAUACUGCUAGGAUCAGCAAUGUCAAUAGAAUAUCUUUCUCUAUUUUUUUACUGAGCUCAAAACUUAUCAUCUCUCUUAAAACUUGAAUUGUCAUUCAUUGGUCUGUAAAGUUAUGUGAAAUUAUUUGCAGUUUCUUGGAACAGGAGACAUUUUUGUAAUGUUUUACCAUGAUUAUUUUAGGUUCAUAGGAUAAGUGAAGAAAGUGAGAUUCCAUUCUGCUGAUUGCAGUUAACAUCAAGCUUAAAAACAUAUUUGUUUACAAGUAGGCAUAACCACUGCUACUGUUCAAACAAUUUGACUCCUUCUAUUUACUUGAAUCUUAUGUGUGAAUGUAAAAGUACGACUUAGCAAAACCAUUCUUCUUUUAAACAUAAAGUCAAUUAAGCUAGGAUUCAAAUUCUCAGCCCUGCAUAGUUGAUUCUUUGGAUCCAGUGGCUCAGAGCUACUUUAUUUGGUUUCCCUGGAGAGUUUGAACUGCAGUUCGACUGAUACAAUGAAGAAAGUAGUUUGAACCUCUUUAACAGUAUAUUGGGAUCUUAUCAAUUACCAAACAGUGCUUAAAAGAUUGGGAGAUAAUGAAUCUAAAAAAUUUGAUCCUUGAUAUAUUACUCUCCUUUUUUUCUCUAUAAGUUAACACUGUAUAUUAGAAUUUUCAUCCAAUUAUUUUUUUGAGCUGUGGAGUUUUUAUUUAUUUUUUAUUUUUUUAUUUUUUUUUUUACUGACCCGACUUUUUAAUCGCAAGCUUAAUGCACAAAGAACUGUUCAAGGGGUUAUAUCUUAUAUUGAGAGAUUAUUUCAGUUUAAGACUUGACUUGAAAUUGAUCCACACCUCAAGAGAACUUAAUUUCUUGCAUUCCAUCCAUUUGAAAAUGCAUUGUUGUAUGUUUGUGGUUUUGGUCAAUCAAAAAGCCUUGGUAAGAGUCCUGUUUUGAAAAUUGUUCAAUGGUAGGAGUGUUAGAUUUGGAAUUAGGAUUUAAGUGUUAAAUAUUAAUUUUGUUAUGGUCCCUAUGAAUGUGGGAUUUACUUAGUUAAUUAUGCAAGAAUUUGAUAUUGACAAGGUGACCCCAUGAGGUCAUAUUCUAUUUGUGGGUGACACACAAUUGAAUGCCAAGUAUUUGAAAUUGGGCAAUACACUUUGAGCAAUCAGUUUUCUCACCCAGGCUGUCUGCUUUAAUACUGCUGAACAUGAGGAUUGCUCCACUGGCUUGGCAAGUUUUGGCUUCCUUUGUGUGAAUUGAUGGAUUUGUCAAUUGAGAUUCAUUUUACAAGGGAGCAAAGAUUUCACAAUAUGCAUGUCAUUUCCAUAUGAAGUCAGGCAAUGAUCAAAUGGUAUAUCCGCUCAUGAAUGUCUGCAUGUUUUAUCACAGAAAGUGAAACCAUAUGGAAGAAUUUGCCUAACUAAAAGGUGUUUUUCCUUCUAAGACUUAAAAUUUUAACCUAUCAUCAAAAGAAUUUAAGGGAGAGGUAAGGUAAACAUUUAGAUGCUUGUGUACAUUUUAGUGAUGAGUUACAGCUUUGUGCAACCCAGAUAUAUAUUGCAUGUGGUAAUUAUUCAAAGAGUCUUUCACUGAUAAAGUAAAAAUUUAGGGUAUGGAAUUAGUGAAGCAAAAUAUUUUACAAAAGGAGUCCUUUUUUGAGCUUCAUUUUAGUGUUAUGAAGUGAUAAUUCUCAGAAUUGAAGUCCUGUUUUUGAAAGUUAUGUCACUUCCUGUCAUACUGCUGUUUGAUUUCAAUUUUUACUGGGUCAAAUUACAGAUGAUUAAGUUUGUCUUCACUGAUUCAUUUUUUUUUUGUGGUCAAUUAGAAUCGUUAUGCUUGUUUUUGUGGUUGAUUUCUAAGACAAUUUUGCCUUCUUUGUAAGUCUUAUCACCAUGCUCUUUAAUAAGGGUGGAAAAUCAAAGAGCAAAUUACAUUGUAGUUUCCUUACUUCACAUAUCAAUUGAUACACGCCUGCAGAGCAGUUAUUUAAGUUGUUGUAAAGAUAGAUAGUUUAUAUGUACCAUACCUUAAACUACUUUGAUUUUUUUAAAUUUCUGUACACUAGCCAUCAUUCAAUGCCCAGUUAGUAUUAUUUGUAAUAUUAACUCCAUGUGUUUUCAAGAGGCUAUUUGACAUUUUUUUUUUGUAGACAAUUUUAUGUACUGUACUAAAGUUUUAUUUUGAAAAAUAAUUGGAAUGGAAGAGAUCCAUCACAUGUUAAUCUUACUUCAAAGUUUAAAUGUUCAAGACAUUUUGGCUGCUUUAUGCCAACAAGAUUUAAGAAAAUUUUGCUGAAAAGUUCACUCGAUGUUGUAAAACUUUUGAAAACAAAUUUUUGUAGACAAAAGUUUUAAAAUCAAUUUAAGAUCAUACUUUUAUUUGGUCACUUGAUACAGAUACUAAUACCAUGGUAUGCAGUAUUCCCAUAUGGCUUCUUGGAAGGACUCAGACUGUAUGAAAAUGAAUUAAACUUGAUUGAAUUAAUUGUGUGAAAAUGAGACAGGCGAAGUCUUGUGCUCAGUCAGUUUAAGCCCCAUGUAAUGAAAUUUGGGUAAUCCAUUCAGAUUGCCCAGUCUAGUUUUGUGCUAGCUACAAGUUUUAUAUUGCUUCCUUUUGUGAUGUUGUUGUAGGGAAAGACAUGAAAAAGAAAAAACAGAACAAGCGUCUGAAGGACAUGGAGAAACGGUUCUCAGAGAAGGGAGUGGAUCUUAUGGAUGCUUAUACAGAGAAGCCUGUUAAGGAGGAGGUAAAUACAGCAUAAUUCAGUUGAAUUAGAAAAUGUGAACAUGUGCAUUCUUGUAGGUAAAUGUUUUUCUUGUAAGAAUGGGUGAUACUGCCUUUUCAAAUUAAUGCAGUAGUGAAUAAGAUACUGACUUUAGUCUCUGACAAGGGUAAUUGUAUUGAUACUGUGACAUCCUUGAGCUAGUUGGCAUGUCAUGAUCCAUUUUACCAAAUACAACAAUACAGACAAGCAAGUCAUAUAUUCCAAUUAUUGACAAAAAAUUUGUCCUGGCAAUUGACAUUUGGGAGAAUCAACAACAUCAGUUAACUAACAACUUGUUUCUAACUUUGCAUCCCCUCUGUUGAUGACCAGAAGAGUGUAAGCUCCAGAGGGAAAGGGCAUGGCUAUGAAAGUCAUGUGCAGUAUCAAAAGUAUCAAAUUCAAUGCUUUUUGUAUACACGGACAUUUCAAACCAGAUUUUGCUAUCGAUUAAGUGAGAUUAAGGGUACCAUUACUGAAAUAACAAGAAUAGUAAUCCUGAGAAUUUGCAAAUUUCCCCAUUUGUGAUUGGAGUGCAGAUAUAACAUCAUAGAGAUGUUUUUUGUAAUGAGGAUUGACAGAUCUUAACUUGUGUGAGGCAGCUUAUCAGUUGCUGGCUCCUCCGACAUGACCACUGGUGAAGUGUUUCUUUACUUUGUGCUACCUAAGUUUUAUACCAAGCUCAAGUACCUUGUGCUUUAUUUGAAGGUCCCUGAAGACACUGAGGAGCCUGCAGUAGAAGAAUCUAAAGAAGAGGAAGAGGCUGUUGAAGAGGUUCUGUCAGAGGAUGAAACAUGGGAGGACAAAGAAGGUAUAUGACAAAGGAUGUUUAGGGUGUCCUCUGCGAUUGGGGUGCCUUGUUAGUCCCUCAUGGGACUGGGUACCCUGUUUCUGCCCUUCAACUUGUGAGAUUCUUUCUAAAAUUGUCUUCUUUUUCUCCUAAUGAAGUGGUAGAAAACAGUUAGAUUGUGGCUGUGUGGGAAACUGUAGGGUUGGCUUUUUUAUAUCAAUUUUUAUUUUUGUGUGAACUCUAAUAUGCCCAAAGUGUUUGUUUCCAUAUAAACACUUCUUAAUCUAAACUGAACUGAAGUUGUACCCAUUUUUCCUGAUCAAUUUUCUGAGCUAAGGGAGACAGUCAUAAAUAUUUGCAAUUUCCAUUUUGUUGCAAAUAAAAAAGUGUCGUCACUGGUUUGUUCUAAUUUGUACUCUCAAAGGGUCUAAAUGUAUGUCACUUCCAUUUCAACAGAAUCAUCCUUUCCAGACCUUGAUGAAGAACCUGAGCGACAAGAUGGGGGAAAGCUCACAUACGAAAGGGAUUUCUUGUUGCAGUUUCAGUCCAAUCCAAUGUGUAUGUUGAAGCCAGAGGGUCUGCCUGAUUUAGAAGUUGUUCUUGGCCAAGCAAGAACUCCCUCCAAAUCAGGAUUUUCUCAUAACAGGUAAAACAGGCCAGGCAGUGCUGAUGUCUCUCGGAAAAAAUCCUUUAUACAAUGAUGAUUGUUGGUUCUUUGCCCCCAUAGCUCUGAAUUAACUAGCUUUACUGAAUGGCUUUCCUUUCUUGCUCAGUAAUCUUCCUAUUCCCCUGUACAUUGUAACUUAAGGGUGUGGCAUUUUCCUUUACUUUGUUCUCAUCAUUGGUUCUUCUGUACAGAUGUAAACUGACAAGAUAAAUCCAUUGAUUUGGCUCUACUCUGCUGUCACUGAUGCCAGCAGUUCCACAUGUUUUAAGGAAUUUUCUGCGGUUAAAGCACUGCUGUUGAGGGAAUGAUUUUGUCCAUUCUAAAGCUAAGAGCUAUUCCUGGAAAUGGCCAAUACUUGAUUUCACACUAACUGUGUCACCUUUGUUCCCUUUGGAUUAAGGUUAAUGUAUUUGACUGGGCACUGAUAGGUUUAAGUGUUUGCUGUAUUUGCACCCUUGAGUUAUGACCCCUUAAGCCAAAGUGUAAACUUAUCAAGAAUUACAAUGAGGCCAGAAUAUACCACUGUUUGUGAUGCUGCCAGUGGCAUUUGUUCUUUUUAAGUUGUGUUUUUACUAUUUCUGUUGCAGGAUGCAAGCCAAAGAUGGUGGUGAAAAUAUGUUUCUACCUUCUUACCUUAGGCAAAAUUCAAGAGUAAGUCACUCAGUUUAGUUUUGCUUUUUCUGUCAUGUUUGAACUAUAAAAGAUAGGAGACAUUGAUUAUACUCCAGCUAUCAUAAAAAAAACAACAACAACAACAAAAUAUGUGACAAAGUGGAUUGAGUGAAUUGUUCGGUGUAACAGUGAUCUUUGAGAAGACUAGCACAUGCCAGCAGGAAGAUCUACCUGCUUGUAAUGCAUGUAGUUACUACUUGUAGCCUCCACAUAGAACAUCUUUGAAGUCCAAACAUACAUCCUCAAAUUGGUUUUCUCCAAGGAGCAACUAAGCAACAUAAGACAGACCUUAAAAUGUAGGAAAAUCAAAAUCUAUCCUAAGGUGCUUAGAUCUCCCUAGGAAGAGGAGUCUCUCCAGGCCUUCAAAACUUCUUGCCCCUUUUCUAAAGUACCUAUUUGUACCCAAUGUUUUUUGAAACUAUAAUAAGAGAUGUCUCAUGUGCACCCAUCAAUGAUCAAAUGGGAGGAAAAUUCCUAACAGUUAUCUUCCUAAAAAUUGUAGAAUAACCCCUCAAACCAAAGAGCAGGACGUAGAAAUGUUCCACCCAAGAAAGUGAUUGAUCUUGCUCCAAAAAUAGCUAGCACAGAGGUAAGUGUAGGUAUAUUUUGAUAUGUUAAGAUGUUGUUUAGUAUGUCUUAACUGUGUAGCAAAUUAAAUAAUCCAGUAGCUUAAUGUUUUAUUCACAGUUUUCUUUACAGGGGGUCAGUAACCUAUAGUACAAGAUUUUAAAUUGCACUUACAGUAUUAAUUGUCACUGCAAAUUUUAUGGCUGAUUCCUUCAUUUUAUGUCAUUGUUUAUGUUAGUAAUGACCUAAUUUGAUUGCAGCAACUGAAAAGAACAGAGAAAAGAUGGAUGCGACCCAGUGAAGCUGUGAAAGAUGGCGUCAGUGAAGAGCAGAUGAAGACUGACGUAUGUUUUUCCAGUAUUUAAAUAUAAAUUUGGGUUUUCUAUUGAAGUGAUGGCACAGGAAGAAUUGUCAUUGUUAGCAACACACCUAUCCUCUGUCAUGUAAUGUAUGAUGAUUUCUGAUGUGAUUGUAAUAGAUAAUGGACUGGUGGUGAGGCUGUUAAUCAUAAUAUUGUAAUUGGUUAUCUUAGGCAAACUGUGACAAUUAACUACUGUGCAUGAUUGUGAUUAGAGAUUAUAUUUUUCCCCAUGGUCCUUUGAAACAAUUGAUAAUGGUGGUGUUUUGGUUUCAAGUUGAGGUAAUAUAUAUAUAGAUUGUAUUCCAAUUGAGUGUUAUGGAACCAAAGCAAUAGUAAUCACAGUAGCUUAUGAGAACAGAGGUGGAUACAAAAAUUUGAACUCAAUUGUUAAUACGAGUACACUGUGUGAAGCACGGGAAAGCAUGAGUCAGCAGGAGACUGUUGAUUUAGUUCUUGCACUGCUGUGGUUGAGAAGGAAGGGUAAGUUUCUUAGACCAAUCACAGGCAGAACUUAUUCUUUCCCAGAUUACAUUUGUCUCUUAAUUAAAAAACUGCUCAUGAAAUGUACAAUUUAAUGGUGGUUUUUUGGUCAUUUUCAAUGAUUAAACUAAUCCAUGGAGUUGAAUUUUGUAUUUGGCUAAUUAGCAAUGAGAUCACUUUCUUAGUUGAUUUUCACAGAGCUUUUAUUUGUGUCCCCAGGAGAUACUCCGCAAGGUGAGGAGUAUUUUGAACAAGUUAACACCCCAGAAGUUCCAGACAUUAACACAGCAGAUUAUUGACUUGGAAAUUAACACACAAGAGAGAUUGGAAGGUGCUAUCGACCUCAUAUUUGAAAAGGUAGGUUUUGUAAAUAUUUUAUUUUCCUAUCAGAGUCAAUGUCAUUGUUUGUAACCUUUAACCUCUCAUGCUGCUAGUGCUACCCUUGUGCCACAAGAACCUUAUUUAUUUAACCCUUUCACUCCCAAGAUCUCAUGAGUAGUUUAUCCUUGCUGUCUGCUGUACAAUUCUUGUGAUGUUAGUUCUUAGAGUUUGAUGCUGGAUCAACUAAUGAUCCCCUCUUUGAGAUAUUUUCCUUUUGUUCUCAUCACUUGUCUGCUUGAUAAUGUUUUGAUAUUUUGAGGCAAAAUUCUGUCUAGGUCACUCAUGGUAAUGAAAGGGCAAUUUAUCCUCUACCAAACUCUUAGUUACUGCCUCAUCUAAUCGUGAUCUUUCCAGUCAAAGUAAAAGUUCAAGAUAUUCCUACAACACUGGAUAACCUGACAGUGUAUAAUUGUGAUUGGGAUUUAUGGUAAUGACACUUGAUAUUGCACCUUUGUGUUUUGCAGGCCAUUGAUGAAGCUGCAUUCAGUGUGGCUUAUGCAAACAUGUGCAGAUGCCUCAUUCCUGUGAGUAGAAAUGAUUAUUGUAGGCUGUAUGAGGUCACAGAAUAUUUGUGGCAAUCAUGUGUCUGUUUGAUUGAGUGAUAUAAUGUGCGAUUUCUUCUUAAAACAGAAAAAAGUGUUUGUAGAGAAGGAUGGGACAACAAAAGAAUUGACCUUCCGCAAAAUUUUGCUCAACAAAUGUCAGAAAGAGUUUGAAAAAGAAAAGUCAGUUGAGAAGAGAAUUCAUGAGAAACUGGAGGAACUCACCAGCAAGGGCCUGAGUGUAAGUUCAUGAAUUUGAAGUGUCUACAGUAAACUUUCUCUAAUAUCCGUUCUCAUCAGUGGCCAUCUGUAAUCAUGCACAUAUUUUACAUGUAGUCACACUAAUGUUGUCUGCAAACCUAAACUGUACUAGUGAAGUUAAUUACCAGUGGAAUCAUUUACUACAGCUGUGUGAACUAAACAUGCUUUGGUUUUGUGUAUUUCAAAUGAAUCUUACAAAAAAAUUUACGUAAUAUUUGCUCAAGUUAUCAAGCAUUAGGGAUUUAGCAUUGAAUUUUCUUGGGUGUUUUUUGUUGUUGUUUUUUUACAGCUUUAUUUUUUAAUGCAACACACUAACCCUUUAACUCCCAUGGGUGACCAAGACAGAAUUUCUCCUUACAAUAUCACUUCAAAACCAACCAGAUGAGUGAUGAGAAUAAAUAAAAAUAUCAAUUUGGGGAUAAUUAGUUGAUCCAAUACUAAAUUCUCUGAACUAACAUCAUAAGAAUUAUAUGGCUGACAGUGAGGAGAAUGACGAAUUUGAUCUGGGAGUUAAAGGGUUAAAUACAAGACUACCCCAACUAAAUAUACAAUGACAUUAAAGAAAAAGGUACAGCAUACAUACAAUGAUAUCGCAAUGUACUUGCUGUAUUUUUGGUCUCUGAUGUAAAGCUGUUAGGAUUAUCAUGAAUUAUGAAGAAGAGUGGAUAGAAUCAGGGCUCUAAGUUUCCUUUUUCAAAGAGUCACCUUUUGGCGACCUUCAAUUAUUAUAGUAAAAUGGUGCUAUACCAAAAACUUUGUUUUCCCCCCCCCCCCCAAAGAAAAAAAAAAUUCUUAUACCAAUCAGAGAACACUUCAUGUUGUGUUACUAGCAUUUGUGUGUAUGAUAAUUCGACCAAACAUCAAUAGAUUUUUCAAAUUUUCUUUUUCAAAUCUAUUGGUUGCCAAUUGCCCAAAUUUUAGUUCCUAGGUAUAGUUUUUACUUGCCAUGGUGGCCAAAACAAUCACAACUUUGAGUGCUGAGAAUCUCUGACAACUGCUCUUUUUAUAUGUACCUCACUACAGGAGGAGGAACUUGAAAUGAAGAAAAAUGAUCUUCGAGAUGAAGAGACCCAAGUCAAACGACGCACAUUGGGAAACAUCCGCUUCAUUGGAGAACUUUUCAAACUUAAGGUUGGUCCUGAGUGUUUCUUCUGACCUUUUUUAAGUUGAAAACUAAAGCUGGGCAGUGUUAAUGCAGUGAAUGGGAAUAUAUUGAUUUUUUUGGAAAGCAUUUGCCUCUGGUAAAUAUUUGGCCCAUAUUCAAUACAGUGAGAAAGAAAUGUUUUAUUGUAUUUUGUUUACUGAAAAUGACCUGUAAGUUCAAUUGUCUUCUGGCUUGUUAUUGCAGAUGCUGACUGAGAGUAUCAUGCAUGACUGUGUAGUGAAGCUGUUGAAGAGUAAUGAUGAAGAGGCCUUUGAAUGCCUGUGCAAGUUGUUGGUUACCAUUGGAAAAGAUCUAGAUCAUGCAAAAGCCAAGGUACCAGAAAUGUAACUGAAAUUGCAGUCUUGUCCUAAUGUUUCAGAGAAAUUAUUCUCUUGAAUAAAAGCAACAAAAGCAGCAUAGUUUGAUGUCAGUGACAGUGGUUGUACAAUUUGCAUGUUCAACCUCUACAUAGUGGAAAGUCUAGAUAUCAGUUGGAUCUGUUCUAAGCAGGGUUUUAAGAACCGCAGUUAAACCAGACAGAACAUGCUAGCAUAACACAAAACAGUAGUUGUAAAAGAGGUUAUGCUCAUCGAGGUGGUAAGUAAUCAUUACUUUAUAAUAAAUAGAAUAAACUGUUUAACUGUGACUAUAUCAUGAGACUACAUCAUGAGACAAACAACUAAACAGUUUAUUAAAACAAUAGUUUUUGCUAAGAAAAUACUGAGCACUCACUUGCCAAAAUUAUGCCUACUCUGCAGGCUAUUAGUCUUGUGGUUGCUGGUGAUUGUAUGUUUGUGGUAAUGAGAUUCCCCAGUUCAGUUUUGUUUUGGCUAGAGUUAGAAGUAGCAGGUGCCUAUUUUUAAAGAGGGGUUAGACAAAACAUGACUUAAUUUUCAUGGGUUGGUUAGUACACAGACUGAUUUAAUGUUUUAUUCAUUUGUUUCCAGCCGAGAGUGGAUCAAUACUUUGCUCAAAUUAACAAAAUAAUCCAAGCAAGAAUUACAUCGGCACGUGUCCGAUUCAUGAUGCAAGACAUUGUUGAUCUGCGUAAUAACAACUGGGUCCCUCGCAGGGAAGACAACAACCCCAAAACUAUUGAUCAGAUCCACAAGGAAGCUGCUGAUGCCGCAAAAAAGACACAAUUAAUGAUUCAAAUGGCAAAACAAGACAAAAAGCUCAGAGGUGAGUUAAGUUAUCUCAAAUGUUUUCCUGAAUUUAUUCAGUUAAACAUACUGUAGUCACAAAUGACAAGGGGUAUUAGUUAGGUUUAUUUGAAAUAAGAUAAAUUAUAAUGUUGUGAAACUAGAAAUAAACCAGACUAGAUAUGGUAGCUGCUUUGUUCACUAUAGUGCAUGGCUUAAAUAGGUUCUAAGAUAUUGAAGGCAGUUUGGAAGCAGUCUGAAAGCAUUUGCCAAAGCUUUGGUUUUUAUUUAUGCUGAAUAUGAUAAUACAGCUGUGUGAGACAAAGGAAUCCAGAGGAUUAAGUUUAUUGACUGAUGUUGUGGUUAAUUUUCAGGUAACAUGGGUGGUCGAGACAGUCCCAGACCCUCUGGUGGUGUACCACAGGCUGAUGAGACUUGGACAACUGUCAGCAGAGGUCCAAAGAAUGUGAGCGUGGAUCCAAAGAGAUUCCAGAACAUCAAGGUUAUUAUUACAUUAAAUUUAGUGGUGCUAUUUGUUUCCCAUUGUUCUUGUUAACAUGUGCAGUAAAAGGAGCCAUACUUUAUCAAAGAUGUAUUGUAGCGAUCUGUGUUUGUCUUUUCAUCCACGGCUAUCUUUCCUCCUCUUCAAAUUUUGCUUAGCUUUUUCUGUGUUUUUCUUCCCUUACAAGCUGAUAUUUUAAGUGUCGAUUCUUUUUGAAGGCAACUUUAACUAUUUGAAAUUGCUGAACAUACUGCCCUGCAGCUCCUUCAAAAUGGUUACAUCUUUGCACUGAUUGAACGGUACAAUUUUGUGAAAAAAGCAUGUAAUAAUAUCUUUGAAUACAGAGUGGUCCAGGGAUUUCAUUAUAGUUUUCAUGUUUCUAUGGUUUUUUUUUAUUUUUUAAUUUUUUAAUUAUUUUUUAUCAAAAGCUUUCCAAAACUGAGCAAAUGAGAGGUGGUGACUUUCCUUGCGUUGCCAUGAUGAAUUUGUUCUUUGGAAAAUUAUUAUUGGUAUUAAACUUCAACAAUUUACUCUGCAAGCCAAAGAGAACAAUUUAAUACUUACUGAAUAGAAAUGUAAUUUCAUCCUCCUAAAAAUAAUAUUAUUGGAACUACCUGAAGCUAUUUGUAUUUAUAAACCAUUGAGACUGAAACUAUAUCAAGGCUAAGUAAUGAAAUGAAAUAUGAGAUAUGUUAUGAUUGUGUAGAGUUGUAAUGACUGGUUAAAAUGCAUUUUCACUUUUUCUUUUAGCGCCCAGUUGAUUCUGAAAACAUCUCACUAGGACCUGGUGGUAAGGGAUUUUCAUCUUGGGCCAGAGGAAGCAGUGGAGGAACAGGAGCAGUAGGGGCUGGGGCUGGUCCAUCAGCUGCCUCUGCUGCUCCUCCUGCUGCUUCAGUUGAAGACAAUAGACCCACAGGCAACAGGUUAGAAGCUUUGGGUUGAAUUUGAUAGCUAAUAAGCUGUGCCAUUAGCCCUUUAAUCCCUAAGAGAGAUUAGUAACUAUCUUCUCCUAUCAGUAUCACCCCUGAAACAAAUAUUGAGGUCAUGAGAAUAAAGGAAAUGAUCACCAACUAAAGAUGCUCCUAAUUGUUUUAAAAAAAUAUCUUAAGAAGUACCAUAGAAAAUAUAUAGAGAACAGUAUGGACAAAAUGUAUACUGAUGCAAGGGUGUAAAGGGUUAAUCAGUGAUGUGGCUAGAACCUUGUGGUAACCUUGUUACAACCAUAAAACAGGCUGUGAUGAGUUUCUCAUUUCUCCCAAGGAGUGGAUCAUCAUUUCUCCUUACUGCUUUUUUUUUCCCUUCUUCUUUUUUUUUUUAGUUUUGUUUGAGUCAGUGGUGUUGAAUGUGUACUUGCUCGGCAGAAAUUGUGAUGUUUGUGGUUUUGCUAGAGGUUUUACAUUUUUGUGGGGUUUUGUGACAUUUACACAAGAAAAUGACAAUUCCUAAGCACAGGUCACAGUGCUCUCCAAAACUGCUGGCACCAUCAUCCUUUCUUAAGGGCAGUGCUACAUUUUGAAGUCCCUGUCAUAUGCUUUACUAACCUUUAUAACCUUUAUCCAAGAAAGAUGAUAUCAAUUUGAGGUAUGUUUUGUUUAAUUGCCUCUUAGGUAUUCUGCAUUGGCAGGAGAGAGAAAGUACUCUGCACCUUCAAGACAAAAUUCUGGUGGCUCUGGUCGCCAAGAACCUAGGAGUCCAAUGGGAGGUGGAAGGCGAGCACCUUUUGGGGCAGGAGAGCGAGAAAAGGCUCUAGAAGCUGUUCGAGCGGUAACACAACCAAAGGUAUGCACCUUGUACCAUCAAGCUACUAUUUGUUUAAAAGUGAUCAACCACUUUCACUUUUUGACAAGGCUAGAUUCAACCAUACACAGGCAAUCAUUAGUUGCAAGUUCUGGAAUACAUUUUAGAAUUACUGUGCAAAAUUGUUCGUGUGUAAGACAGCACAAUUCUUUUUUAAAAAAAUUAAGAAGAAACAUAACAAAAACAGAAAAGGAAUUACUACUAUAAAAAGUAAUUGCAAUUAUAUGAAUGGAAAGAUUUUUUUGCCAGCUGCUGCUGUACAUGCAACUUACUGCGGGGUUAAAAUUCCCUAAAAGGAGAGAAAACAGUGGUUGCAGAGCCAACUUCUUCUUUUUGUUUGACUUCCAUUCACUAAAAUUAUGAGAAUUUUAACAUUUUCAUUAGAAUGCUUUUCUACUUGUAGUCAUACAGUACCUGUUUAUCUGGUACAGUGUUUUUCUGGUAAAGGUUUUGAUCUCUGUGGUUAAUUUUUAGCGCAAUACCCAAGAACGUGAAGGAGGAAGGGAAUCUCCAAGGCUGACACCCGAGGCACCUUCAACUCCAGAGCCCACUUCUGCUUCAGUUUCCCCUGCACCAGAACUCACCCCUGAAGCAAUGAAAAAGAAGGCAAAGGCCAUUAUUGAAGAGUAUCUGGAUAUCAGAGACAUGAAGGUAAGUAAGCCUUCCUGGUUGUCAGUUUUCUGUAAAUCUAGCUGGUAGUUUACUUCUUCUACAACUUUAGAAUGGUUACUCUAGCCCUGAAUUAUCAACAUGCUUUUACUUCGUAUUCCUGACCUUUCCAUCUCUAGAACUGGAAACCCCCCCUCCCCCCAAAAAAAAAAAAAAUUAAAGAAAGUGUCCAUCAAGUUGCCUGGCAUAGAUUUCUAAAUGGUUGGAGAAGGAAGGUCUCUGUUGCCUGUUGUUUAGUCAUAUCCUUGGGCUGAAUGCUAGUACCUAUCUCAAAGUCUCCAUUUCACAUAGUGCUAUAUCAUCUCGAAAAAAAUAAAGGUUGCACCAAACAAGGGAUCUGACUGAUUUGCAGUAUGUUUCUCAGGUCUACAUGCAAAUUCAAAGUUUUCAACAUUUUUUUUUCUUAACAUUGUGUGGUUUCCCUUUGUUAGGAAGCUGUUGAGUGCGUUAAAGAACUCCAGUCACCUUCAACACAUCAUGUCUUUGUGACAUUUGCAUUCAACCACACAGUUGAGCAAAAAGAAUCAAGUAGAAAGGCCAUUGGUAGACUGUUCCAUUUCCUGCUCCGUGAUGGGGUGCUCACAAAUGAACAGUACCUCACUGGGUAUGUCCCUCUUUUGCUUGUUUUACAUCCAUGUCCCACCAGUGUUACAGAGGGGUCUCCUUAGAGGGUGGGAUACAGAUAAUAAAAUAAGCAAGAGUUAGUGUCCACUUUUUUCAUCAUGAACAUGAAAAUGUCAGCCUCCCUACCUUGGAAGCUAUGUAGACCCCAGCAUACAUGUAGACAGGUUAUAUGGUUGUCAAAUGAAGAUGAGGGUUUUUUUCCCAGCAACAUAAGUAAUUGUUUGUCCUUGUAUGGUCUGUUUUUAAGGGUUGAACCAAUCAUGAAAAGUGCUGAAGAUCUUGAAGUUGACGUUCCACUGCUGUGGAAGUAUCUUGCCGAGAUGAUGGGACAAUCAGCUUUUGAUGGAAAUCUGAAUCUUGAUAAGCUUCUUUUGGAAUGUGUCCUAAAAUAUGUGUCGAAACAGAAAGCUGCUAAACUAUUUUUUCACUUGUUGGAGACUGCAGCAAAUGACACGGUAAGCCCUUUUUGGCAUUUUUGGGGAAUCAGUGUCUCAGCACUGGUAAGACUUCUAAAUUUCUGUCUCCUCCACCCCUCUUCUCACCACUUUUGCGAGCUUGUGUAUAAGUAGGGUAACCAAUAGUUAUGCAUAUUGAUUAAACAAAUACUAGUCAUUGCACAUUUCCCCUUGAAGCAUGCACAGUAUGCCUUUAUCUAAUUGACCCUCAAACCCUGUGUGAUCAGCAUCUCAUUUGUCCUUAUCGUAAUACUGCUGAAUGAUUCUUUUAUAACGUGAGACUAAAGGAAAUUAAUGAUCGUCAACCUAUGAAGUUUUGAUUGUUGAACAGAUUCUCCUUUACUUGUCCGUAACAAAUGACAUGUGUAGAGGAGAUUAUGGAGAAAAUGGAUAUUGUUGUUAGGGUGUAAAGGGUUCUUUGUCGGAAACGGGUAUCCGACAAAUAAGUCACAGGGUUAAGUCUCAAACUGGUUUACUGUUGUUUUCCCUGAUUACAGAUAUCUUCGGUUCGCUAUCUCGCUCUGUCUCUCUCUAAAACACACACCCCUUAAAAGCCGAUCUUAUUACACUGUUUCGCAAUCAAGUCUAAUGUUCAAAGGAGCUUGUCUUUCACUUAAUAUUAAUAAUAGUAAUGCUUUCUUGUCACGUUAUGUCAUGCUAUGUCACGCUUUCCGUCAUCUUAAUAUUUCUCUGGAACUUUUUUAAUUCGUAGUGCACGGUGUUUAUUUUUCCUUUUGUCUCGUUCUAGAGUCGGGAAGAUGUGUCUGCCAUCUUGAGUAGGUACAAUGUCCGGUUGAAUGCCUUCUUCGACACUGAUAAAGAAGCUAUUGAAUUUGCCAAGGAUAAGGUGCGAAAAAUGUUCUGUUUUUGAAGUAAUAUUUUUUUAGUUUGUAUGGGUUGUUAUCAUUCAUGUUGGUUGAGGUGUGUCAAUAACUGGGAAGCCUACAAGGUAUAUUUCAAUAGCAUACCCCCCCCUCUCAGAGGACAGAAAUUAUGUAAAUAAAUUUAAUAUCUCCUUGUUCGAUUUUUUACGGUGGAAUAGUGAAUUUUCUCUCAAUAUUCGCUUUUUAUUUCCACUCAAUGUUGAAUUUGGUGUCUCUUCAUUUUUUUUUCUUCUGCAGAAUAUUGAAUUUGCCCUCGGUCAAGUCAGUUCAUCACAGAAUGUUGGCUCAGCCACACAACAUUCUGCAAAAAUACAAGAAGAACUUAGGAAUCUUAUAUUGAAGAGAAAGGCCAGAAACGAAGAAGUGUUUGAGUGGAUUGACGUAAGUAUUAGGUACUGAACUUUGGGUAACUGUUUGUGUCUAUUGUAGUUGCGUAUCAUGCUGAUCCAACUGUUUGCUACACAAGGCUCCCCUCUCUUCCCGGUAAAGUCCUGUGGGUUCAGGUGUAUUUCUGUGUGCAGAAACAAUGUACGAAAUUUAUUUUCUUUGUACAAUAGGAACAUGUUCCUGAAACAGAAACCAAGGAAGCACCCUUCAUUAGAGCUCUUGUAACAGCUGUUUGUGAGGAUAUAAUGGAAAACGGUAACACAGUAAUAGUAUUUGGAUUGGAUGCAGAUAUAAAUGAGUUCAUGAGCAUUCUAUUGCAAAUAAUUGUUAGUAUUGUAUCGGUGUGCUUGUGAGUGAUGCUUGUGUUGAAAAUACUGUAGUUGAAGCAUUGUUAAAAGUAAACGUUCUGAGGUGAAAAAUUCUGUGGGUUCAAAUUUUCUCGUUAAACAAGUUUUAUCUACAUGCAUGUUUCUUGUAACUGAGAGAGGUGUACUUGAAAAUUUUGUGAUAGACUGUUGCAAAGAUCAGUAAAAAAAGAUCGAUUUUAUUUUCGUGGUUAUUUUUUCCACCUUGUCCAUCACAGCUUAGAGGUGUAUUGUCUUUGAUUUGUACGGAAAUGGAUAAAAUAUUUCAUAUUUUGAUGUUUGUAUAACUUAUUCAAGUAUCUCUCUCGACCUCUUUUGUUAAUAACCCGCCUAACAGAAGAUGGAGGACAAUGUAAAUGCAACGUCAACCUUAUGAAGGUCAGAAAAAGUCUUCUUCAAAAGUACAUCGACGUCAAUACGCAUCUUGAACUCCAGGCGCUGUUUGCAGUGCAGGCACUCUUUGUACAGCUGGAUCAUCCGCCAGGUACCAACUUGUUUUCCACAAUUUAGAGCAGGAAAAGGGGAGGUAGAGGAGGGUGGGGUUUGAUGGUAAGGAACCGAGUGUUCUUACAACUAGCUCAGCCUAUCCCAGUUUAAGCAACAACAUGUGAAUUUUGUUGGAUUGGCUGCUGUUAAUCACAGGUACUCUCUAUUAUAUCGUCAAGUUUCCUAGACAUUUUGUUGGUACUGUUUUAAGUUUUCUUGUCCAGAAACACAUCACAACGAAAGACACUGGACCCCUCUAUCUCGUUCCCGAAGGUGUCUAAAACUGGGCCUCUAGAUCUUAACGCUUUCAAAUAAAAAGCAACGGCCUUGAAGUUCUCGAUGGAAUUCUUUUAAAACAGAAUAAAACUACGUAGUUAACUACGUGCUGGACAACAAUUGAAUUCUAAGGUGACCUCUCUCUAUUGGUUUUCAGGUUUCAUCAAGUCCUAUUUUGACACAUUAUAUGACGAGGAAGUCAUCACAGAAGAUUCAUUCAACGCCUGGGAAAGUAGUUCCGAAGAACAACUAGGUAAAGGUGUGGCCGUAGCCGCCAGUUUAGAGUUCUUUCGAUGGCUUAGAAGCGCUCCUGAAGAGCCUGCGGAGGAGAGCUGAUCCAUUCGCCUGAUACUGGAUUAUUUUAUCAUAAGAUCUACGAAUCGGGUCAACUCAAUUUGAAAAGAAAUGCUUGAGGAUAACUUCUUCAACGCCAAUGGAAACGGAAAACAAAUUUAAACUGAACACUGAAUCGGUGCUGAAUUUCGUAAGGAUAUUGUUGACAGAAUGCGAGGGAUCGUGGAAAAUUCGCGAGUACUUCGACGAGAUAUUUAUGGAAGGUUGUGUGAGACCUUUCAAUUUAAAAUGGUAUGCGACUAACGCGUUACCAAAGUCUUGGUAUCGCAUGUCACAUCUGCUGUUUCCAGUGGUGAGCCGAUGAUCAGUUGUAUCAUGUGGCGCCUCGGUGGUUGAAUUAAUUAAGGUUUCUUGCGCGCUAGAGUCGGACAGACAGGUCUGCUGAAGAUAAGAAGACUGUAAAUACGGCGGAACAAGACUAAUAAUUAUUGUGGAACGAAAACAGAAGAAUCCAUAUUUUGUGCCUGGAGAAGAGAAAAUUAAUAAAUUAAUGUUUGAAUGAAUGAUUAAUCCUUCCGCCUGCUGAUAAUUGAAACAGAAAGUUCGUUUUCCUGGGGUGCCUGGCUUAGCUCACAACCGGUUGGGUAGACAGGUCCUUGUAAGCAAAAAGUUCUGUUAUUGAUCAGAACGGUUAGGCCAGACCAAUAAAAUUCUAGAUUUCGUCCUGAUUUCAUGGUAAUUUUAUUGAAACCUGUAAUGAACAUUUCGAAG